CCCGCCCCGGGGCGCAGGGAGGGCGCCGCGCAGUUUCCGGUGGGCCUUCGCUUUCUCGCCCUGCUGCUUGCGUGCCCUUGGCGGCCUGCGCAGACCUUCGGGAGCACCGUUCGGGUGCAGGCCUGGUGUAGUCUCCUGUCUGGACAGAGUGAGAAGAGAACAAUGCAGAAGGACACCAGCCCUCUAGUGCCUUUGCAUUGGUUUGGCUUUGGCUAUGCAGCACUGGUUGCUUCUGGUGGGAUCAUUGGCUAUGCAAAAGCAGGUAGCGUGCCGUCCCUGGCCGCGGGGCUCCUCUUCGGGGGUUUAGCAGGCCUGGGUUCUUACCAGCUGUCUCAGGAUCCGAGGAACAUUUGGGUUUUCCUAGCUACAUCUGGGACCUUGGCUGGCAUUAUGGGAAUGAGAUUUUACCACUCUGGAAAAUUUAUGCCUGCAGGUUUAAUUGCAGGUGCCAGUUUGCUGAUGGUUGCCAAAGUUGGACUUAGUAUGUUGAACAGACCUCAUCAGUAGUAGUCACGUCCUACCUUGGACUCAAGAAGAAUUAAAAAUCUCUAAACUUCUACUCUUUUCAGUGUAUUAAAAGAAAAAAUGCAGCAUUUCUACAUACUGUGACAUUCUACUUAAAAAAAAAAAAAAAGACACUGAACUUGGUCCAGAGAAAAAAAUUCAGUCAUUGCCAUUACAAACCUACAGAAAUGGCAAAUAUGUAACAGGAACUUAAUAAUACACUCAUACAGUUUGAUUCUUACAUAUUGAUGUUACGUCUUCUUUCUGUGUCUAUAAGUAAAAUCUCAAGGGGUAAAAUCUUAGGUGUCAACAUUGGGGGCCCUGAAACCUCAUGCCCUGCUCAGAGGAACAGUAUGAAAAAAAUCUCUUACGAGAUUUUAGGAUAUCUGUUCUUUUGCUCAUCUUAGAGCACAGACCUACUUUGAAAUUAUGUUAAAUGAAAUAUGAAUGAAAAUAAAGUUUACUAUAAAUAAUA